AUGCAUCCCUCGGUUACGGCAACCGCAGCGAGCCAAAAUGUAGCUCUGCUGCUACUGCUGCUGCUUUCCAUCGUCACAAACCCAACCGAAAGCCGGUUCCGGGAGAAGGAUAGUAAAAAGUCCAAAUCCGCUCAGGCGAAUCUACUGCAGGGUAGCCACGUCGGUACGCCCCUGAUGAAUCUCUGCUCGGGCGAUCGAGAAAUGAAACUGGUCUGCCACUGCAGUCCGGACGAUCCGCACGUAAAGGCACAGAAGGCCAACUGUUGGAUCUUCAGCAAAGAUCUGCCCAGAAAGGACCCCAACUGGUUGGCAUUUCAAACGCAGACAACACUUGAGCAGUUAAAAAUUACCGUCCAGAAAAUCGGCAAUCUCACUUACAUUCCGUCGGAUGUAAUAGUGACGCUCAAGUAUCUCAAACAGCUAACCAUCGAGUACGGAAUGAUUCCGGACCUGUUGAACUAUGCCUUUGGCAAUUUAACGGAUCUGCGGAACAUAACUUUGCAUAAAAAUCAAAUUCGGAUCGUGCAUCCUUUCGCGUUUGCCAAUCAUCCCUACUUGGAAGAAAUCAAUCUCGAGCGAAACGAAAUCAUCGAACUGGAUAAGGAGGCACUCGUGCGACUGCCCCACUUAAAGCGACUGAACUUGGAUUUUAACAAUCUUACGAUGCUGCACGACGAUGUUUUUGUCGAUUUGACAAGUUUGGACGAACUGAAGCUGGAGUCGAACCAAUUAUCCGUUUUGACAAGAGAAAUUUUCAAAGGUCUCGGAAACCUGCGAUUCCUCAAACUCACCGCCAACACAAUCAGCUACAUCGGUGACACAGUUUUCGCCGAGUUGUGGAGUCUCCAGGAGCUGGACCUGGACGGCAACCACAUUGAGAAACUGUCGGCAAGAGCUUUUGAUGGGCUAAACAACUUGAGGCGAUUGAAUCUCGAAAACAAUAGACUAACUCGGCUAGAAAGGGGCAUCUUCAUUGGAGUGCCGGCUGUCCUGUCACUCAAUCUUAAUUCCAAUCAGCUGGAAACAAUCACCUACAACAACUUUCUGCCAUUGAUGGAUAACCUCGUCAACAGUACAGCCGUACUACAUCUUAAAGAUAACAAAUUCAUCUGCGAUUGUCGGUUGCUGUGGCUUUUUGAUCUCAAAAAUAGCACCAAAAACGACGAACUGCGUUACACACUGCAGCAAAUCGAAUGCCUGUACGAAUUGAAGGACAAACGAGGCUCGUUUCCUGUCUCCCUACAGAACCGACUGAAUGAUUAUUCGCGACCGCACGACAUUCUUGGUUACGAGGAUAGCACCGAUUACGACGAUCCACAACGGCACGGUUAUGGGCUGAUGCCCCGAAGUAACCACCGGCAGGCUUCGAUGCCCGUCAAUGGGGAAACGGGGCCAGAUCAGUACGAUCGAAGUGCGAGUCCAGCCGCGAAGCCAACCAAUGGAAAGCAGUUGCUGACCUUGAUGAAGCUACGGAAGGAAGAUUUCCUUCCAUGUGCUAAAGAGCCGGACGAACCAACUGAGCUGCCUCUGUCGAGGGAGUCCAUCGGAAUCGACAUGGGUUGGCGAUCAUCAGCCAGUGCUGAAGGAUCCGGGGUCGAACGGAGGUACAUCAGUAGUGGGUUGCUGCUGGCAGUCCUAGUCCUGCCUAUUCUGGCUGCGAUCCAGUGUUAG